AUGGAUCUCAAGGCUGUGUUCGUCCAGAACAAGCUGACCAUCAGUGCUUCAGAAGAUCCUGAGCACGUUGCUCAGGAUCUGGAGAUGUACCAGAUCCCAGACCCAUUGAUGGGAGCACUGGGGAUUCUUGCGGCCCUAGCCGUGGACAUGAAGGCAGUCUUUGUUCAGAACAAGCUGUCCAUCAGUGCAUCGGAAGAUCCUGAGCGCGUUGCUCAGGAUCUUGAAAUGUACCAGGUCCCAGAUCCGGUCUCCUUCGCCGACGGCGUGCGGCCAUUAAACGCAAACUUGUUCGCAUAUCGCUCAGGAUCUCGAGAUGUACCAGAUCCCAGACCCCAUCUAUGGGGGAUGUUUAGAGGAUUGUCCAAUGCUUGA